AUGCAAGUCGUCGGGCCACCCAGGCACCCCUGCAAAUCCCAUCCUCCCUACCUCCCUACUUCCCUGCUUCCCUGCUUCCCUGCUUCCCUGCUUCCCUGCCUCCCUGCCUCCCUGCCUCCCCGGAUCUUCCUUUCCUCCCUCUAUGCCCCGCCUCCCCCCCUUCCUGCCCGCAGCAAGAGAAUAGUGGCAGUGGCAUCGGGGCGCAACCAUUCCCUUGCUGUGGCUGACGACGGCAGUGCAUGGGCGUGGGGGUCCAACAAGUACGGCCAGCUCGGCACAGGCUCCCUCAAAAUAGAGCAAGAGAAGAAGCCAGUACUGAGUGCAGUGAAGCGAGUGCGUGCCGUGGCAUGCGGGGGCGAGUUCUCCUGCUGGAUCACCCACCCCGACCCCUCCACCACCACCGCCACCACCCCUCCUUCCAACGAUGCCACCACCACCAAAGCAGCAGCAGCAGCAGGGGGAGGAGCGGGUGGUGGUGCAGAGCCCCCAGAGCCGCCCUCUCCGCCCAACCUGUUCACAGCAGGCUUGCCGCAGUACGGGCAAUUGGGCCAUGGUACUGACAACGAGUACAAUGCCAAGGACUCGGCCGUGAAGCUCGUGUAUGCCCCGCAGCCCACGCCCCGGGCAGUGGCUGCUCUGGCAGGCCGGGAGAUGUGCAAGCUGGCGUGCGGGAUUAACCACACUGUGGCAGUGGACUCCAAGGGCUUUGUCUUCACGUGGGGGUUUGGAGGGUUUGGGCGGCUGGGGCACAAGAAGCAGAAGGACGAGUGGCGGCCGCGCCUGGUGGACGUGUUUCAGCGCCAGAACACCCUGCCCGCCUCCGCUGUCGUCGCUGCUGGCGGGGCCUUCUCUGCCUGCACGGCUGGCGGCGGGCAGAUGUACGUGUGGGGCAAGGUGAAGCAGACGGGAGACUGCUUUAUGUACCCCAAGCCGCUGCUGGACCUCAGCGGGUGGCACAUCCGCAGCAUGGCGUGUGGCGCCACCACCUCGUGCGUUGCUGCUGAUGCCUCCACCAUCUCCUGGGGCAUGGCGCAGCACGGGGAGCUGGGCUACGGACCCAAAGGCGCCAAAUCGUCAGCCAACCCUAAGAAGAUCGACUCACUCGAAGGCAUUCACUCGAUACAGGUGGCAGGCGGAGUGGGUUUCUUCCUGCACCUGGUGUCCCGCACAGGAGCUCCUGGUGCGAGUGCAGAGCAGCGCAGCAAGGCCGAGAAGCUGCUGGCAGCGAUCCCACUGUUCACAUUUGACAUUGACCUCUCAUCUCACUCAGCGUUCUCACUUCCUUUUACCCCUUUUACCCCCGCCCCUUGUUCCUUCCUUCCUUCAGCUCCCACUGUUCACGCCUGA